AUGUAUUUACAUUCCAUGAAGCGCUACAUACGUGCACCACUAGCGCCUCUGUUAAAUGUGGGACGAUCUAAUUCCAGCUGCGGCGGUGCCGUUUGUUUUUGCGCCCCAUGCGCUGGGCGAACUGCAUACUGUCCAGCCUACGCGACGCAGGUUGCAGCUUUCUGCAUGCCAACCGCCGCGCUUCUACAAUCAUGGGCAGUUAGGACAAACCGGACGUGGAUGUGUGUGAAGGAAGAGUGCCGACACGUGAAUGCACCCGGUGCAACCCACUGCGAAUCGUGUGGGGAGGUGAAGCCGAACCUUAAGGGCUGGUUAUGCGUUGAGUGCAGCACCCGAAACCACAAGGGGGUAAAGAAAUGUCACAAGUGCGCUGCACCAGCGGAAAAAAGCAGCGAGUUUUGGAUGUGCGCGGCCUGUGAGAAGAACAAUCGCAUCGACGACUUGGAUGAUAAUAGUUGUUGUGGUUUCUGCGGUUAUGAUAUGGCCCCCAUGACAAUGACUGAAGCUGAGGCAUUGAGAAUACAGCAGGAGCGAUCCGAGCGCCUUCGAGAGACUCAGGAGCGGUUCGAUGCCCUUUCCGCGAAGGAUGCCGAUGAACAGUUCGGUGAUGAGAUGGCCGGUGCUUCGGAGUUACCGGCAGCAUUGAAACAGGGAGUUCCACCGGCACCACGCACAAUGUUUGACAUUCCCGAGGUGAAACCUUUCGCGCCUACGCCUCAGGGAACUAAGCAUUCGCGCAUAUUGAGGAAACCGCGCCCCGCUUCCUCACCGGGAGCUCCUUCAGGGCCUCCUGGAUUCGAUUGGAUGUGUCGAGAACCCAGUUGCGCCGUCAUCAAUUCUGGGGAUGAGGAAUGUUGCACGGGGUGCGGCAAACACAUAGAGCCAACAGAAUGGGAGUGCUGCCACUGCGGUGCAGUGAAUCACAUGACUCGCGCUAGGUGCUUUAAUUGCCGUGUUACCAUUUCUAUAUCUUGGGUAUGCUCCGACUGCAGAACAGCUACAUGUAUUUAUGAGCGAAGUUGUAGAGCUUGUAACAAAGCAAGGCCCCCGACAGAACCGAAGGAGGCUCGAGACGUGCAACCACCAUCGCAGAAUGCCGGACGUGCUGGAUUUUCGGCUAAUCGCCGCCGGAUGCCGUUUAAACAGGAUUGGAACUGUGAGGAGUGUCAAGGUCUUAAUUUUGCGUCCAGAACUUCAUGUUACCAAUGCGGAGCUGCACGAAGUACAGCAGACGCUUCUUACAACGGUGGUGCAAGUGGGGGCGAUGGAGGUUUUGACGGGGGCGCCGGCCUAAGUGUGAGCCACAAUAACUGGUUCUGCCGCCACUGUCAGGCGAGCAACUUCCGCACUCGUGCAAGUUGUUGGCAAUGCGGUCGGGCGUCUUCAGAGUCGGGUGCUACCACGUGGUCAGAAGACGACUCUGCGCCCCACUUUGAGAAGGAAGGUUUCCAACAGACGUCCGACGACAACGUAGCGGAAGGUCAAGUAAACGUGUGGAACAAAAAGACGGAUGAUUGGACUUGCGGCAAGUGCUUUUCCAAGAACUUUAAGAACAGACAGGAGUGCCACAAAUGUGGAGCAACGAAGACGGUAGCGGUUGCCCCGCGGCGUGCUUUUGUGCGGAAGCCCGUCAAAAUUUGA